AUGGCUUCUUUAUCUGAUGAUACUUCAACUCUUGAAAUUAUCCGACAACAUCUUCUUGAUGAUUUUGCCUUCAUGGAAAACUAUUGCCCAGUUUCCAGCUUUUCAGAAUCCCACAUAUCUCGAACUUCAAGCAGUUCAAGUUCUGUAAUCUCUGAUCUCACAACCGAGUCUUCCAUCUUUAAUCCGAAUUUCAGCUUUGAAAACUCAAAAAAUGAUUAUGAUUACUCAGAAUUCGAAACAAAGCCUGUAAAACAAACAAACUUUAGUGAAAGAAAGCCUUCUUUGAAUAUUCAUGUUCCUCAAGUGAAGAAAUUGAAGUGGGAAAAUACAGUUGAGGUGGUCGAGAAGAAAGUUGAAGAUUCUGGCGAGAGGAAGCGUUAUAGAGGCGUCAGGCAGCGGCCAUGGGGGAAGUUCGCGGCGGAGAUACGCGAUCCUAACCGGAAAGGGACUCGGGUUUGGCUCGGGACUUUCGAGACGGCCGUGGAGGCGGCGAAGGCUUACGACAGGGCGGCGUUUAAGCUGAGAGGGAGCAAAGCAAUAGUGAAUUUCCCACUUGAAAUUACCAACUCCAACCCUCCGCUGCCUGAAAAUACUAACCGGAAGAGGGUGAUAGAAGAGGGAAGUCUAGAGAGAAAAACAAAGUUGGUAAAGAGAGAAGAAGUCGAGGAAGCUAAAAUUGGAGCCUCCCCGGCUGUGCCACUAACGCCAUCAAGUUGGACGGCGGUUUGGGAUUCUGGCGAUAUGAAGGGUAUAUUUGAUGUGCCGCCGUUAUCGCCGUUAUCGCCAUAUCCAAGUUUGGGUUAUUCAAGGCUUACGGUUAAUUAA